GGCGAUUUUUGCAGCUCCGCAACGCAAAGCGCUUGCGAGAAGCAAUAGUUCAAUCAAUUAAGAAGCCGGGGAAGCCUGCACAGCAAGUGCAAAACCUUUGAGACACCGCUGCUUCGCUGCCAGCGCCUGUGCAAGCGUGCUGCAGUGUAGCACCUGCACAAAGGGCCCCGGAGCGAUGCAGGACUCCUCCUCCGACGACGAACUCUUCGGAGUCGGAUUAGGCGACCUAUCUGUGGCCGUCGACGACGACAGCGCCGCGGACGUCGCAGAGCCGUCGGCCGCGGAUUUAGAAACCUUCCGCGCGGUGGAGCUGGCGUGCCUCGAAGGCCGACGCAUCACUCAUGAAGCGGGCGCCGCGCUCUCCGUAGCGAGCGGCUGGUACGCGAAGAUCAGCGAAGGCGCCUACGGUGCCGUCAUCCGAGACCCUUUACUCAAAGUUGUAAUAGAGAGGCCGCCUCUGAAGGUGUCGGCGAUUGCUGACCGAUGCCAAGCGCUGAUGACACGACGCGGCGGCCAGGCACGCGCGAGGGCGGAACUGACGGCCGCGGGCGCGGCCUGCCUGCGCCUCUAUCAGCAGGCGAACUACUCGGGCCCCUUACCAUCAGACGAGACGCUGCAGCUGGUCGCGGGCUACGCUCCUAAAUUAUUGGACGUGGGCGGCGACGCGCCGUCGCCCUUCGUCGCGGCGCCGGGCGCGCUCACAUUAGCUCUAGCUCUGUUCGAGGCGGCCAACGACGGCGCGGCGUCGUGGUGGUUGGUGCGAGCGAAGACGCUGCACGCGCGGUGCCUGGUGACGGGCUCGCAUAGAGUUUGUGGCACGUUCAUCGAAAGUGUAAACAAGCACGCCGAGGCCGCGCGGCGCUGGCUCGCGGGGGCGUCGGCCGACACGCGCGCCUUGCUGGAGCUGGAAAUAGGCCUCGCGGAGCACUUCUUGGACGAGCCGGGGCGCGGUUCGGUACCAGAGUCCUUCACGCGUUGACGCUGUCGCUGUGACGGUUCGAGAUCUGACGUCCGCAUCGCACGCAGGCCGCGUCCGGUUCCGCGAGGCUGCAAAUAUAGCCCAACUCAAUCUAACGCUGGAAGGUUCAAUGGGCAAGCGCACGAAGUUCCAAGUCGAUUCGAAGCCGCAGCUGCGAGUCGCCGAGGCUACGUCAUCAGACGGGACCACGACGAAAGUACCGGUGCCCGAGUCCUCGGAACUAAAUGAAGACUCCGUACUAUUGGAGGACGUGGCUUUUGAUGAUCAGAAGCGCCGCGCGAACGUCCAGGAUCCGCGGAGAGCCGCGCUCACGUCCUGCGUUGCGCUGGCUUUGUGCUUAGAUGUACGAAAUACGAAUCCCGACGACGGCUUGACCAACGACCAGAUGCGGCCUUAUGUGGCCUUCGCUCUCGCAAGCCCGGUGGACUGGCUCGUCCACUCGGCGGCGUUACUCCAGCGGUGUCGCAUCGAGGCCCACAGCGUCUACUCGGCGGACCGGGCGGCUCUACAACUUGAGGUCCUCGCAAAUCAACACGUCUCGCAAAAGCCGGGCGACGCGUCUCCCCAAGAUAGGAUCGCCUUCGCGUCAACGGUAGACUACCCGUCGCGGUGGGAGCUCGACGGCGAGGUGGCUCAUGCCAUGGCUAGACUUGGCGCCUUCGUCUCAGCAGCCGAACGGUUUAAAAAAAUUCACGAGUGGGAUUUGGUCAUUGAAUUGUAUGCGGCUGCUGGCAGGCGAGAAGAUGCGUUGGAAGUACUGAACAGAGAACUGGAGCAGAAACCGGACCACCCCCGGUUAUUAUGCGCGUUGGGCGACUUGCGGGACGACGCUACCCUCCAUGAGCGGGCCUGGACGAAGAGCGAAUGUCGCGACUGGCGCGCCGCCCGAAGCUUAGCUAGAAGACACAUGAACAAGGGGAGGUGGAGCGAAGCGUGCGCGUGGUACGACGAAACGGUCAAGAUACGGCCGCAGGCGUCGCAGAGCUGGUUCGACCUCGGGUGCUGUCGCAUGCGUCUCGCGGAUGUGAGUGAUGAAAAGGCGCAGCUAGGGAAAGCAGCGAGGGCUUUUUCUCGAUGUGUCCAGCACGAGCCGGACUGUGGAGAUGCAUGGGCCAACUUGGCGGCGUGUCGACUGCGGAGCGGCCAGGCGGCCAUGGCGAAGAACGCCUUAGACAGAGCCGUAGCGACAAGACCGGAAGAUUGGCGCCUGUGGGAAAAUCUCUCGAGGUGCUGCUGCAUGCUGCGGCGGACGCAGGAGGCCAUGGUCGCGAUUAAUCGGUUGCUGGAUCUGUCGAUGGUGUCCAAGAGACCGGUCGGGGCUAUUUUGGAUGUUAUUCUGCGGGUUAUGGAGUUGGUCGAUGAGGAGUCCGAUGAAAGCUUCAACUCGCAACGCGCUCGCGAAGUCCUAGAUGAGCUCUGUUUGCGCUUAGAUACGGAGGCGCCGGCCGGAGCCGAUAGAGCGUCCGCAACUCUAUGGAGCGCGCUGGCUGAGCGGGCCGACGAUGUCAUAACGUGUCGGGUCCGCCGGGCCAAGGCCGUGCGCGCGUACUUGAACGCGGAGGGCCUGGAGCGAGAAGAGAAAUUGUUAGAAGGUUUAUCAAACGCGGCACUAGCACUGUCUCAAUCAAUGGACGCGGCGACGGCGAAGGAGCGCGCGUCGACGGCGUUGUUAUUGCGGUCCGUGGCGGCGCGCGUCGGCGCCGCUUCCUGUGAAUGGGCCGCGAGGGACGAGCGGGUUGGAGCCAUUACGGGCGCGGCGGACGGGCUCGAGGCGGCGGCGUAGGUUAGUAAGAGUGUGUGCUUAGAAGGAAAGGGGUAGGGAAGGAACCGGCGGCAAGAAUCGUCGCGGCGGUGGCGUGGGGCGUUCUAGACUUGCCGCAGCUCGAAGCGCUCCCACUGCCACGGGAAACCGUUGCUCUGCCAAGGCCCCAUCGAGGGGCUGUCCGCGCCGCCCUGGUCGGUGACGCGCAACCAGCGGCCGGUCGCCGGGUUCUGCAGGCCCACGGUGCCGUCUUGAUUGAAC